AUGGCAAAGUACCUAAGAAUACUACCAAUUUAUCUGAUUGCCCUAACAUGUGUCUGUGUCCAUAGUAAAUCAUCAUUUAAAAUAUGCGUACCAUCGCAAUACUUGAAAUCAUGUCAGGAGAUGGCGAAUGCACCAACAAAAUCCAAGACCCAGAUUGAAUGUGUACCAGCCAGAGACAGAGUGGACUGCCUAAACCUAGUCCAACAACGACAAGCUGACAUUGUGCCAGCCGACCCUGAAGAUAUGUACUGCGCUACGAAAGUACAGAACCAAGACUUUGUUGUCAUACAGGAGUAUAGGACCGUUGAAGAACCUGAUUCACCAUUCAGAUACGAAGCGGUAAUAGUGGUACACAAAGAUUUGCCAAUCAACAACCUGGAUCAACUGAAGGGUCUCAAAUCCUGUCACACUGGAGUCAACAGAAAUGUAGGAUAUAAGAUUCCGCUGACAAUGUUGAUGAAGCGUGCAGUUUUUCCCAAGAUGAACGAUCACUCCAUAUCGCCCAAAGAGAACGAGCUAAAAGCUCUCUCAACAUUUUUCUCAAAGAGCUGCAUCGUUGGUAAAUGGUCGCCGGAUCCAAAAACCAAUUCUGCUUGGAAGAGUCAGUACAGUCAGUUAUGUGCCAUGUGUGAGCACCCUGAUGUUUGUGACUAUCCUGACAACUAUAGUGGUUAUGAAGGAGCAUUGAAAUGUCUAGCUACCAAUGGUGGUCAAGUCGCUUUCACUAAAGUUAUCUACGUAAGGAAAUUCUUCGGGUUACCACACGGCAAAAUCCCAGCUGGUACUGCAGAACAAAACCCUGAUGGAUACAGUUACCUCUGUGUGGAUGGUUCCAAGGUGUCUGUUAAAGACAAGGCCUGUACAUGGGCAGCGAGACCUUGGCAAGGACUGAUAGGUCAUAACGAUGUCUUGGCGCAGCUGUCACCUUUGAGAGAGAAGAUCAGACAGUUGUCUCAAUAUGGCGCUACUACGCGGCCGGGUUGGUUCACCGAAGUACUAGGGUUGUCGGACAAGAUAUACCACGUCGCCGACAACAUCCCUAUAAAGCCGAUGGAUUAUUUGAACAAAGCUAACUACACCGAGGUAAUCGAGAGAGGCCACGGACCGCCCGAGCUGAUCGUCAGGUUAUGCGUGACGUCAAACGUUGCCCUCGCCAAAUGUCACAUGAUGUCUGUGUUUGCGUUCAGCCGAGACAUUCGGCCGCGUCUUGAUUGCGUUCAAGAGGCUUCUGAAGCAGACUGCCUGAAGAGCGUACAAGACAACGGCUCAGACUUGGCAAGCGUGGACGACAUGAGAGUAGCGUCAGCUGCCAACAAGUACAAUUUACAUCCAGUCUUCCAUGAGGUCUACGGUGAAGCCAAAACCCCAAACUACGCUGUAGCCGUUGUAAAGAAGAACACACAGUUUAAUAAUAUCCAAGACUUGAGAGGCAAGAGAUCUUGCCACAACAGUUAUGGUACCUUCAGCGGUUUAGAUGCUCCACUUUAUUACCUCAUCAACAAGAAAGUCAUCUCCAGUGGUCAGUGCAUCAAAAACUUAGCUGAUUUCUUCAGCGAAGGCUCGUGUUUGCCUGGAGUCGACAAGCCGGAAAACAAUCCCAGAGGCGAUGACGUAACAAGACUCCGCAAGCAAUGUUCCGGAGACGGCAGCCCAGUGAAAUGCCUUCAAGAAAACCGCGGUGACGUAGCAUUUGUUUCAAGCGCUGAUCUAUCCAGCUUCGACGCGUCAGAGUAUGAGCUACUUUGCUUGAACCGCGAAUCAGGAGGACGCGACAGCCUCAAACAGUACAGCACAUGCAACAUUGCAAUGGCACCCUCAAGAACUUGGAUGGCCGCUAAAGACUAUCUAUCAGACGUCUCCAUCGCCCACACACCACUCAGUCUAGCCCAGCUCCUAGACACCAGAAAAGACCUAUUCAACAUAUACGGAGAAUUCCUCAAAAACAACAAUGUAAUUUUCAAUAACGCCGCGACGGGUCUGGCUACUACCGAGAAAAUGGACUUUGAAAAGUUCAAGCAAAUUCAUGACGUCAUUUCUAAUUGCGGUGUCGCUUAG